AGCGGCUCUGGUCCACACACCAGCAUUUAAACGCAUCAAUCCUCGCAGCUAUACCUGCAGCGAAGUGGCUACCUGUUGUGGGCCACGCAGGUCUGUGGGUUCAUGCACAGAUGAACAGUGCCUAAAGAUGCAGUACGAGACGCGUCUGUGGUGUUGGAGCAGCUACUGAAAGCAUUAAGGUGAAAACAGAACAGGAAAUGUGAAGUGGAGCAAUGAGCACAAGAGAAAUCAAAUGUAACUGCAGCAGAAACAGGGCAGUGGAGCGCUUGCACGAGGCUGUGUGGAUGACCGAUGUGAUGAACUCUCUGGAGCCGGGGGCGGAGGACUUCGGCGGUGGAGGAGCGGGAGGGGAUCAGGAUGCAAUCUACCCAGAAGCCCACGAGAGGUACCCAAAGCUGUCCAAGAGGCUUCCAUCCAUCGUGGUGGAGCCGCUGGACGCGGCCGAGGUGGAGAGCGGCGAGCUGCGCUGGCCGCCGGACGAGCCGGGUUCUCCGGACGCCCAGGGAGAGAGGCAGCGCGCGGAGCAGCAGGCGGCAGGUGAGCAGCAGUCGGACGUCGGCGCGGGCGAAGAGGCUUCGGCGGCAGAGAUGCAGGAUUCCAACUGAACAAACCGGGUCGUUGCUGUGAGGGAGUCCGGACCUGGAGGAAUAACACAAUAGAGAGCAAUAGAGGAACACAUUUGAUGGACAGACAGAGGAGAGGUAAAGGAGAGAAAAGCUUAAAAAAACAGCGUUUUCCAAACCCCAGCUCGCAGGCUUGGAGCCAGAGUCACCUCCAGAGCACAUUUACAGGUGUUGUUCCUUUUCAUCUGCACAUCUGCGCUGAUGAAAGAGCUCCUUCUGACACACGGAAGCUAAAAAGAUGAUUGAAGGGACCAGGUUGGCAUCCUGAAAACAUUCUGUUCCUGCUUGUAACUGCCUUUUGACAAAUUUCCCUUUUCAUGUAACGUUCGCUUGUCUGGAAACGAACAAAAGAUUUCGGCGGCGGACGUGUUUUUAAUCUAAAACUAUGACUACGACUGUUGUGACAUUUCCGGCAAUUUGAUUUCAAAUUCGACGCGUUCUUUCGGUGUGUUCCCUCUCUGGCUCCAAGCCCUCGCGGUCCAGAUGCCCACGUUGUCACCUGCGCAGAUGUUUUUCCCGAUGUCUGACGCGUGCCAUUCUACUAUGAUGGUAGCUGCUGUAUCUUGUGCACAGUUUUCACAUUAACCUUAGCUGUACGUUCCAUCACUGUUUGUUAAGUGGUGACUGCUAUAGUUUGGUGAUCUCGCUCUUAAUAAUCACUUUUUAAUAAUAGCUAGAAUGUUUAGAGGAUUAGUUACAGUUUAAUUCGAUGUUGUUACAUUCUUUAAUAUAAAACUGUAUGUAAACACCGUCCGCAUACAGUAGAUGUUAAGGGAACUGUAUCGUUUGCUUUUACUUAAAGGCUAUGGAGCACAGUCGUAAAAGGAGGCAGCGUAUUUUAGAAGUGUGUCGCUUGUCACAAACAUUUUUUAAAGUAUUGGAAAUCUGUCUGAAACUAUUGCACAACAAUAAAUACAUAAAUAAAUACCUUUUCAAAAUUCUUAA